AUGCCGCUGGUUGUUGGGCCCAAAUGUUUUGGCAUUCCAAAGACCGCUCCAGGACUUCUGGAGUGGCUCCAUCUGUCCACAAUGAAGGUUUCUCGAAUUAUCCUCCUAUGGCUGCACUUCCAGCUGGUCCUUCCGUUUCGCUACAAGAGCAGCAGGUCCGGAGGCCUGGCAAGUCGCAAUUCUGUGGAGAAGCCGGCCUCUUUGGGGGGGCUGAGUGAGUUUCGAGCACGUGUUCUGCGCAGAUUACGUCAAAGCAGACAAGCGGCAGAUGUCGAGCUGGUCAGUCGCAGCAGGACGCAAGAUGCCGAAGGGCACACGCUAGUGCCCGCGCCGCAAAGCGUCGAGCUCCUGUCAGCACCGCCUGUGCAGCUGCCGCUCGGAUCCGCGGUCCUGGUCACAGGAGGAACGCCAGAGGAUCUGAGCAGCUUGAAGGAGCAUGUCUUGGAAGUUGGCAAGUUCACAGUGGCUUCAGUUUUCAAGCCUGGACUUGUCAUUGAGUUGAAGUCCGAAGAUGUCGACGGUCUCGAGGGUGUGAAGGGUGAGGCCUACAAACUCGACGUCGCGGACAAGAGAAUCACACUGACCUCAUCAACAAGUCAUGGCUUCUUCAAUGCCAUGAUGACCCUUCGACAGCUCAUAUCUGUGAAGGAUGAAACUGUAUCGAUUCCGCAGCUGCACAUUCAGGACGCUCCCAUGCACGAAUGGAGAGGUCUUAUGCUCGACGUCAGCCGCCACUUCUUCAGUGCAGAUGAGGUGAAACACCUGCUGCGAACUAUGGCUCUUUUCAAACUGAACCGAUUUCACUGGCAUUUGUCUGAUGAUCAAGGGUUCCGGGUGCCAAUUGCAAAAUACCCAAAGCUUACAGAGGUUGGUGCCUGGCGAGACGGAACGCAGCAAGGUCAUAGCAGCUGGAACAUCCAACGACAGCGGUACGGAGGUUUCUACACGAGGGAUCAAAUUCAGGAUGUCGUCAGCUAUGCGGAAUCAUUGCACAUCAUGGUCGUGCCAGAAACGGAUUUGCCUGGACACGCCCAGGCAAUAGUCGCCGCAUACCCAGAGUUUAGCAAUCAAGAUGCAGUAAAUGGAGCUCCCCAGGUCAUGCAAACGUGGGGGGUGUCGGACUAUGUUUUGGCCCCGAACGACAAGACAUUUGCCUUCGUGUCUGAUUUGGUCGGGGAGGUGUCCAACUUGAUCAAGUCAGAGUACUACCAUGUGGGUGGGGAUGAAGUCUCCGGCAGACAGUGGGACAGCUCCCCAAGCGCGCUGUCGUUUGAGCAGCAGCACCACUUGGCCUCAUCAAGGCAGAUUGCAGGUACUUUUACACAGAAGGCAAUAGAAGCCGCAAAUCGUGUUGGCCGAUCGGGCAUUGUUUGGGAUGAAGCUCUCGCUACGGGAGUUCCCUUGCCGCAGCACAGCGUGGUCAUGAUCUGGCGGGAUUGGGACAAUGUCCCUUCCAAGCUUCGUGUGGCAGCUCAGCGAGGGUUGCCAGUGGUCAUGUGCCCACACAGCGCAACAUAUCUGGAUUUUGCACAAGGGCCAAGCGAUCCCUACGAGUCCCAGCAGGGCGUCGUGGACCUGCGAAAAGUUUACAGCUUGCCUUUAGACGGACAUGGAGCCAACAUUCUUGGAGGUCAGGGCCAGCUGUGGAGCGAGUAUAUCAGUCGCGGGCUUGACGACCUGGACUUCAAGGCCUGGCCCCGCGGAGCUGCGAUUGCAGAAGCGACCUGGUGUGACCAUCGCCGACCGGGUUUCGAUGACUUCAAGAGGCGGAUCAAAGCCAGAGCCUCCAACUUCAAAGAGCUGGGCAUCGAGCUGAUCAUGAGCUGA